AUGUCUAGUACAGUAAUAUCUAGAAAGAGGAGAAACAGCACUGUUACUGAGCCUGACAGUAGCGGAGAAACAAGAAAACAAAAGAAGUCGAGAAGUGAUGAAAAGAGCUCAUCUUCUAAGGAUGGUGACCCCCAGCUAGAAUUUAAAGUUUUACAGGGAUAUAGGGACCUGGAAAGUGAAAUGCACAAAGGCAGAGCUCAGGUGACCAGAACAGGAGAUAUAGGUGUUGCUAUGGACAAUCUGAACGCUGUGGAUUCCCUAUUCAAUAAGGUUAUUGGUAUAAAGAAUAAUGGAUUGUUUGCUCAUGAUGCUAGAGCAAUGGUUAGUAUAAGUGAAUUGGCUCAAAUUUCUGUGAGAAAUUUGAAGUUUGAUGAUUCGAGGAGUAUGGUCAAUUUAGAAAACAUAGUAAAUUCCUUGAAAAGAUACAUGCUAAAAGAGCAUUUCAAGCUUAAUAAUAUCGCCGAAAAUAGGAAUGAUUUGACGCUUGCCGCUGAUGAACAAUCCGCAGCAGACCAGCAAGAGGAAAGUGAUGGAGAUAUCGAUAGGACGCCUGAUGAUAAUCAUACAGAUAAAGCUACUUCCUCUUUCAAAGCGACAUCUAUGAGGCAUAGUUAUCUACAGCAGUUUUCUCACUAUAAUGAGUUUUCUCAAUUUAAUUGGUUUAGAAUAGGUGCUCUCUACAAUACUAUAAGUAAAAAUGCCCCAAUUACCGACCAUUUAAUGGGACCUUUAUCCAUAGAAAAGAAGCCACGAGUGUUAACUCAACGAAGAAGGAAUAAUGACCAAGUUGGUGAAAAGAUCACCGCUGAGAAAAUCACUCAGCAUUCUUUAAACUCCACACAGCAAGAAACUACCCCUGAACAGGUCAAGAAAUGUUUCAAAAAGCUUUCAAAAAAAUUAGGCCCAGAAGGUUCCAUUAAUCUUUUUAAAUUUAUUAUAGACCCAAAUUCAUUCUCGCGAUCCAUCGAAAAUCUUUUCUAUACCAGUUUUUUGAUCAAAGAGGGAAAACUAUUGAUGGAACACGAUGAAGAAGGUUUACCCACAAUUAAGAUAAAACAAAGCAUAAGUCACACAGAUUCAAGAAGUAAAGAAAUUGAGAGACAAAGGCGUCGUGCCGCUCAUCAGAAUCACAUUAUUUUUCAAAUGGACAUGCCUACUUGGCGAAAACUAAUAAAGAAAUACAACAUCACUUCACCAUUCUUAGACUAA